AUGGCCAGUGGAAAUAACAUGACAGACAUAAUGGUUUCCUCACGUCUAAUCCUUUCUCCCAUCUUGUUACUUAUCAUCAUCAUUAGUACCACCGAUCAAGCGGCCACCCUUGCUCAGCCGCAGCCGGCGGCUGAUCUGCUAAAUCACUUCUGUUCAAACGACAAAGGUAACUACACCACGACCGACACCUAUCGCACAAACCUUAACCACCUUCUUUCAUCCCUUCCCUCUACCAAGGGCAGCGACUUUGGCUUUUACAAUUCCUCCUAUGGCGGAAAUACAUCAUCCGAGGCAAUAUAUGCAAUCGGACUGUGUAAAGGAGAUAUCGGAACCACAAGCGACUGCCUUCAAUGCCUCAAUGCAUCUAGAAGUGCUCUCAUGGAUCUAUGUCCCAAUCAGAAGGAGGCCGUUAUUUGGUACGACAACUGCAUGCUGCGCUACUCAAACCGCUCCAUAUAUGGUGUCAUGGAAACGCAGCCAACUUUUGAUAUGUGGAGCACACAAAGCGUAACAUCAUCCAAAUUUGAUAUGUUUUUUCGCAAUCUCACCAUCUUACUCGAAAGAUUAGGAAUUGAAGCUGCAGCAGGUGGUUCUCUGAAGUUUGCGAAAGAUAACGCAACCAUUCUCAACUAUAGUAACGGCGGACUAUCAUCCUUAACGGCACUUGUAGAGUGCACUCCUGAUUUGUCCGAGUUACGGUGCAGGACUUGCUUACUUGGGGCUUUUGAAGACUUACCGGAAUGUUGUGAUGGAAAGGAAGGUGGGCGAGUUCUUAGACCCAGCUGUAACUUCAACUAUCAGCUGGACCAGGUUGACCCCACCAAUACCACAAUUCCCGAGUCAGGUAGAUGCAUAAUUUGUCCCAAAAGAAAAAAGGGUAGAUACAUUGACGCAUAUACAUGUAUGCAUUGUAAAAUUAUGUUGAUCUUUCCGUUAUAUUUCUUUUGCACAACAAAUUAA